AAAAGAAACGAGCAAAUUGUCCAAAAUGCCAUUGAUGAGAAACGAAAAGUAAUACUAAUACGCAUUAUAAGAGUGUAUUCCCGAUAUAUAUAUCCAUCACGAUCCAAAUAAUUUAAUCGAACAAAAAAAAAAAACAAUUACUCCGUAUCUAUCUAUCAUCUCAUCUAUAAUUAUUCAAGUUAAUCACAUGAUUCGUACCCUAUCAUCUCGAAAUUCUCUAUCAUUCUCGUAUAUCAAACACCCCAUUAACGCAAUAGCCCAAGCCAAUAUAACAAAGAAUUCUAGCCCACAUGCCAAAGACCAACCACAAACUUUAUGAAAUGGUCCAACGACUUAACUCCUAAGUUCGUGUUUCAAUCUUCAAAGACUUAAACUUGGGCGAAAACUAUUACUCGUACCCAGAUACCUGAGAAACAAAUUAAAGCAACCAUUCAUUCAUGGCUUUGAAGAUGCAAAAUAGGAGAUUUGUUUCACUUAAAUUUUGUUAAAUUUCACAUUUUAUUUUACAAUUCCAAUUGUUUGAAUUUUCUGGGGUUUAACAAGAUGAUGUCUCCCAAGCCAACUUCUGAGGAUCGUCACUCAGUUUAUUCCAGGCAAACUCCUCUUAGAAUCAUUCAUUUCACUGGGAACUUUAUGCGAAUAUGGUCAAUCUAUUCCAUGUACCAUUAUUUGUCUCAGUCAGAGUCUUCGGUUGUGCUAUACAUCUUCAGUUGCUUGGUUCCAUCAUCCAUCGUCUUUCUAGUUUUGCAAAAACCUUGGAGAGGAAGGCCACUUUCCAACACACAGAUUGUUCCUUCUUUGAUAAAUGGAGCCAUAACAGCUCUGUAUUUCAUCCUUUGGGUGAAAGGAGUCAAAGCAUGUGGCCCUCUUCGAGCAAUUCUUGCAGAAUACUCAGGUGCUGUACUUGGAGUAUUAUCUGCAGUUCUAUAUGGGCGUAGGGGUCAUAUCUGGAAGAAGGUUGGUGGACUGGUAGCAAUGCUAGCUUCCCUCUACUUCUUAUCUCAAGGAUGGGCCAUGGCCUCUUAUUCUCCUUUUUCGUCAGGAGAGAAUCUGGAUUCUGAUGCUCAGAAGGAAAAGGUUUUGGGAAUGAGAGAAAUGGCUGUUCCUAUGUUGGCAGGAAUAUUAUCAGCUUUCAGAAGAGUGAUUGCACGGCGUAUUUCAAUUAAGAAUCAGCUUAAGAGGCGCCUUCAUGCCAUUACCAUUGCUUCUGCUACAUGCUUCAUGUUUCCUGUUGCCAUGUGGGACGUGAUACUGGGGACAGCUCCUGAUAGCAAUAAGGAUCUUCCCUUUUCCACGUGGCCUUACAUAAGCACCAUCCUUUUUGGAGUGAUAUUGAUAUCCUAUGUUGAGAAUAUUGCAGAAGAGAGGUUGCACAUGGUGUUUUCAUCUCCUAAACACCUUAUGGUAGCUGGAGGAUGUAUCAUUGUAUUGGAGAUUUUGUACAAAAUGGAUUUCUCUCUGGCAGGAUUCAUUAUUUGCUGCGCACUUCUGGGUUUUGGGAUAUAUGAAGCAACUUCUUUGGAACGUCCAAGGCAAGAUCAUCAAACUCUAGAACCUUCAGAGAAUUUAUUUGAGGAGGAUCAGAUUCAGAUGUCAUCACUGCCAACUUAAACCGAGAGUGUAGAUACCUAAUUUAAACCAGAAGAAUUUAGCUGGGACUGAGAGCUUGAUGUUGUAACUCAGAUGGUGAAUUUUCAGGAAAAUGUCAGUGUUUUUUAAUCUUAUAAGCAAAGCUUGGAGGCUCGAAGAUUGACUUGUGAGAUCAAACAAGGUAAAUUGAUGUUGGAUUGUUGGUCUGUCAAUGUUGGGACUUGGGAGCUACUUGUUGGAAAGAGAUUUUAGUAGUUGGGGAAUAUGCAGCGUAUGAAGAAUACAAAACUUGGCUGUGAAGCAGCAUAUACUCAAGUAACUCAACUGGAAAACAUAAUUGUAGUUAAUUUUUUUUUUUUUUCCUCGAGACAAUAAGGAAAAGGGAAAGUGAUUUUAUUUUUGCAUCUCUUUCCCGUUUCUUGUAUUGCAAAUGUGUAGUUUAGUGAUACAAUCAAUUCAUGACAGAUAACUUGUUAUAUUCAGUCUAAUGUUAUUCUUACGCGUCUCUUAUGGCUAA